AUGGCAAAGAAACAGCAACAACCGCAGGCAGCUGUCGCUUUUGACGCGAUCAUUCAAAACGAUCGCCGGAAAAAACAAAACGAGCAGCUAGCAAGUCAAAUCCUUGGCAAGAAUCGAAUUGAGAAAGGUCGACGAGCGAGCGCACCCGGCCCCGGCCAAAUCAGCAAAACAUCAAGCAAACCUGGAAGCCUGGCAAGUCGGAUUGGAGCGCCGAAGGUGAGUUCCAGCUCAGCCCUUGCUUUAAACAUAUUCCAAGAGCGUCUUUCGCAGUCGCUAACGCAUGGAAUUGAUGUGAAGCGAUCCGCGUCGGUCUCUGCUCGUCCCAACCAGACCAACAACAAGAUUACCAAACCCAAACCCGCCCCUGUCCCAGCGCAGUCCAUGCGCAAAACGGCCAACUCUUCAAGUCAGCGCCGAGUGAACGUUGAACGACUUCAAGCCGCCAUCGAGUCUAGUAACAAUCAAGCAGCACUUCGCUCAGCCCCUGCGGGGAUAUCGAUUAAGGGUCUGUCCGGGCCCUUUGUGGUGGUCGGAAGCAAUUUCGCCCCUGGGACCACAGCCGCAGAUAUUCAAUCAGCAAUCGAGCCUAUCUCGGGUCCGAUGUUGACCUGCAGAGUCACGUCACACCUUCCAAGUGUCACGGCCGAGUUCGCAUUCGCAGAGAGGUGGAGCGCUGAGAACGCUGUGGCCAACUUCCACAACCAAAGAGCUGACGGAAGACUCCUGUCUGUUAAAUUACAACCACCCGGGACCCAGAUCAGCACCCCCGGCACCUCCUUCAAUGCACUUCGCGAACAAGCAGAUCGUGAGCGCCGGACGCGUCGCGCGGAACCGCAACUCCAAGACGGCAGAUAUGGAUUUGAUGAAUCAGGGAGCACGCUCGACACCGAUACCGGACUUUACAGUGACCAGAUGAAUAUUUGGAGAAGCAACUCACCCAAGCGACCCGGGCUCACAGGUGGCAUUGAAGCCGGAAAUACGCCUGAAGCUCUGAUUUCGUCAAUUUCGUUCCUUUUUACCUUUGCUGCUGGGCUCAAAUUCCGUCGUUGGUGUGGUAUCCUACAGUACGCCAACAUGAAUGCCGCCGCUCGGCGCGCCGUGUCGCAUAGCCUGCGUGUGUCUCGCAGGACGCCGAUCCAAUGUCGAUGGAGCUCUACAUUUACAGACAGGCAGUGGUCAACGCCUCUCGCUCGCACUUUGGCGAGUGCAAUGAAGGUCACUGGACCCAUUCCUAUCGCGGCAUUUAUGCGCCAGGUGUUGACCUCCCCCGAGGGUGGCUACUACACUUCCCGUGAAGAUGUCUUUGGCAAACAUGGUGACUUUGUUACCUCGCCGGAGAUUUCCCAGGUAUUUGGAGAGCUGAUCGGCAUCUGGGCAAUCGCCGAGUGGAUGGCGCAAGGGCGAAAGCGAAGCGGCGUUCAACUGAUGGAGGUGGGACCGGGCAAAGGAACUCUCAUGGACGAUAUGCUUCGAACGUUUCGAAACUUCAAGUCCUUUACGUCCAGCAUCGAAGCUAUCUAUAUGGUCGAGGCGAGCGCUACAUUGAGACAGGUCCAGAAGCGCCUUUUGUGUGGAGAAGAAGCUGCGAUGGAGGAGACCGAUAUCGGGCAUCGAAGUACCUGCAAGUAUUUCGAAGUGCCGAUUGUCUGGGUGGAAGAUAUUCGGUUGCUGCCACACGAGGAAGGAAAGACACCGCUUAUAUUCGCGCACGAAUUCUUCGACGCCUUACCUAUCCAUGCGUUCGAGUCCGUACCGCCAGCACCGGAGAACGAAGUGUCGGAACAAGCUCAGGAGAUUAUGACACCCACAGGCCCCCAGAAACUUCACAAGCCGCUCAAGGUGGCCAAUGUACCGCAAUGGCGUGAGCUGCUCGUCACACUGAACCCGAAAGCCGUCGAGGAAAACAUCGAGGGGGAGCCCGAGUUCAAACUCACCAAGGCCAAGGCCUCCACACCCUCCUCGCUCGUCAUACCCGAGAUUUCCGAGCGAUACCGACGACUCAAGUCUCAACCGGGCUCCACUAUCGAAGUGAGUCCCGAAAGCCGGGUAUAUGCCGCAGACUUUGCGCGCCGUAUUGGCGGCGACACGGUCUCCGCUCGAGUAUCCAAGAAGAACCCUACGCCCGAAACACCCAAGAAGACCACACCCUCCGGUGCUGCUUUGAUCAUGGACUACGGCACCAUGUCAACGAUCCCCAUCAAUUCAUUGCGUGGUAUUCAACAUCACAAGGAGGUGGCGCCAUUAUCAUCGCCUGGCCAAGUGGAUGUCAGUGCCGACGUUGACUUUACGUCUCUCGCCGAAGCUGCCAUCGAAGGAAGUGACGGUGUUGAGGUACACGGGCCGGUUGAACAGGGCGAUUUCCUCCAGGCCCUGGGCAUUGAAGAACGAAUGCGCCAACUGCUGAAGAAUGUCAAGGAUGAAGAACAUAGAAAGACCUUGGAGACUGGAUGGAAACGCCUCGUCGAUAAGUCGAGUGGGUCCAUGGGUAAGAUUUACAAGGUGAUGACCAUCAUUCCCGAGAAUGGCGGCCAAAGACGACCUGUUGGAUUCGGUGGUGGUGUGCAGAUGUAG